ACGCGCAGUCCUUGGAUAUAUAUAUAUAUAAAGAAGGUGAGAUAAACAUAAAACCCUAAAUAGAGUCGUCUUUCUUUGCCAGCUCCCCGCCGUCCCUCUGUAGCAAAAUGGCACCCAAAAAGGGAGUGAAAGCUGUUGCCAAGAAGAAAACGGAGAAGGUGACGAAUCCGUUGUUUGAGAGAAGGCCAAAGCAAUUCGGUAUCGGAGGUGCUUUGCCUCCUAAGAAGGACUUGACCCGUUACAUCAAAUGGCCCAAGUCCAUCCGUCUCCAGAGGCAGAAGCGUAUCCUUAAGCAGAGGCUCAAGGUCCCUCCUGCUUUGAACCAGUUCACCAAGACUCUUGACAAGAACCUUGCAACCCAGCUUUUCAAGGUUCUUAUGAAGUACAGGCCAGAGGACAAGGCCGCAAAGAAGGAUCGUCUUUUGAAAAAGGCUCAAGCCGAGGCUGAGGGAAAGCCUUCUGAAUCCAAGAAGCCCAUUGUCGUCAAGUAUGGUCUCAACCACGUGACUUACCUCAUCGAGCAGAACAAGGCACAGCUUGUUGUCAUUGCUCAUGAUGUUGACCCCAUCGAGCUCGUCGUCUGGUUACCUGCUCUUUGCAGAAAGAUGGAAGUGCCUUACUGCAUUGUCAAAGGCAAAUCUCGCCUUGGAACGGUUGUUCAUCAGAAGACUGCUGCUUGCUUGUGCUUGACCACUGUCAAGAAUGAGGACAAGCUCGAGUUCAGCAAAAUCCUUGAAGCCAUCAAGGCAAACUUCAACGACAAGUACGAGGAGUACAGGAAGAAGUGGGGAGGAGGGAUUAUGGGAUCCAAGUCUCAAGCCAAGACCAAAGCUAAGGAGAGGGUUCUUGCCAAGGAGGCUGCCCAGAGAAUGAACUAAGCAGAAACUUUAUUAUGAUUGUGGUUUUGUUUAGCGGUUUCAUGAAAUACUCUGAAACUUUAUGCUCUUGCUAUCAAUGUUGCACACUAGAGGAUAUUAUGCAGUUUUGCUAUACAUUGUGCUUUCUACUUA